ACCUUGCAAUCAUGGCAACGCCCAUGUCAAUACCUACUUCAGCAAAUAAUGCAGGCAAACCUGGACCACAUGCAACAAUCUCACCCGAUGCACUAACAAACAAACCGCAUCUACACUCACCUCCAAGGCCACAAUCACCAAUGCCACCAACAGCAUCAUUAACCGAUGCAGGAUCAACUUUAUUGGCAGAAGAUGAUGAUGAUGAAGGAGGAGAAAUAGACUCAAGCGAACCAAUCACAAAAGUGACAUCUAGAUCUCAACCUGGCGGAUCAUCAACAAUCGGUCAACCCUCUUCUGAAACUCAUCAAGCAUCUUCAUCUUUGCCUAUUCCUUCACCUCCUGCAGAAGUUGAAGCAACAUUAACAAAGCUCACUUCUCAUGCAAAUGUUGCAGGUGUCUUGGUACUCUCUAGACCAGAAGCAUUGGUGAUCAGAAGUGGUGGUUCAUUCUUUGAUCCUAGUGGACCCGGAGCGCGUGAUCGAGCGAUUCGAUUGAAAUCAGUUGUGGAAAUGGUACGAAAUGCGGUCCUGGGUCUGGAAAGAGAUGUUCCAAAAUCAGAAAUGGGUGACGAACUGUCAUUCUUACGUAUUCGAACAAAAAAGUACGAAAUGAUGAUCUCGCCAAGUGAAAAAUAUCUUUUGGUCGUCAUUCAAGAUCCUACUGUAUCCACUUGAAUCAUGCUUUCUUGCUACAUUCAUUGCACACCCGAUACCCUGUACCAUACUUGAUGCUCCAUUUUCGUGUCUCGUCCACAUGUAUCUUCCCCUUUUUUGUACUCUUUUCCAACCAUGUAUUGAGGAAGGCGAGCAUCUUACUACUGCCUUCAUCCCCUUCUCCUUCUUUGAUGUAUGUGAAGAGCGAGACCCAAGAUACCAAUUCAAUAUUGUUCAAAUAAAGC